AUGGCUCUGUCCCACGUCCUCGCCGUUUUGCGUCCCAGGUGGCCGUCGCGUCGCCGGUGCCAAACGGGGUCCACGUCCCCCUCCGGCCGCUUCCGGACCCUGUGCACGAGCAGCCGCUCCGUGCACGAUGCUGAGCUCAGCCCGGCGUCGCGGCUGCAGCCUUGCAGGCGUGGGGAGGGGGGCCGGAGGGUCCCCUGCAGCGGGGUGACGGGCAGGGCCGUGCCGUGCCGUGCCUUGCAGGGGAGCAGCGCCAUGUCCCUGGGCGCGCCCAGCAGCAGCGACGCCUGUCUGAGCAUCGUGCACAGCCUGAUGUGCCACCGGCAGGGCGGGGAGAACGAGAGCUUCGCCAAGAGGGCCAUCGAAAGCCUGGUCAAGAAGCUGAAGGAGAAGAAGGACGAGCUCGAUUCGCUCAUCGCUGCCAUCACCACCAACGGCGCCCACCCCAGCAAGUGCGUCACCAUCCAGCGCACCUUGGACGGGAGGCUCCAGGUGGCCGGCAGGAAGGGUUUCCCCCACGUCAUCUACGCCCGGCUCUGGCGUUGGCCCGACCUGCACAAAAACGAAUUGAAACACUCCAAGUUUUGCCAAUUCGCCUUCGACCUCAAAUACGACAGCGUCUGCGUCAACCCCUACCACUACGAGCGCGUGGUGGCCCCGGCCAUCGGUCUGAGCAUCCCUACCGCAGUGCCCCCCGCCCGCCUGGUGAAGGAGGAGUUUGUCCAUGACUGUGUGCAGAUGGAGGCACCGCAUGGGGCCAAGCGGGCGCCGUGCCCCCCCACCGAACCCUUCCGCCCUCCGCUGCCCCCCCAGCAGCUCCCCGAAUCCCCCCACGUCCCCGGGAGCCUCUACCCCACGCUGCCCGUUUCACCCCCAGCGGCCCCCGCCGGCUCCCUCCUCCCACUGCCCCACAGCGAGGGGCUGCUGCCCCACAUCUCCUGCCCCACACCGCCGCCAGCGCAGCCCCCACCCCACAACGGCUUCCCAGCGCCCCCCAAACCGCCCUACCACACUUCACCAAACUGGAGUGGCAGCACUGCAGCCAUCUACGCACCCAACCUGGGGGGGUCGCAGCCCCCCCCCCAGCCCAGCGGCCGGACCCACUCCCAACCCCCCCUGCAGCCCCCCAACCAUUACUGGCCUCCACACCACAACUCCACACCUUACCAGCAACCCGUGUCCACCCACCCCGGGCCAGAAUUCUGGUGUUCCAUCGCCUACUUUGAGAUGGACGUGCAGGUGGGGGAGAUCUUCAAGGUUCCGUCCAGCUGCCCUCUGGUGGUCGUGGAUGGAUACGUGGACCCCUCGGGGGGGGAUCGGUUCUGCCUGGGGCAGCUCUCCAACGUGCAUCGCACCGACACCAGCGAGAGGGCCCGGCUGCACAUCGGGAAGGGCGUGCAGUUGGAGUGCCGGGGUGAGGGCGACGUCUGGAUGCGGUGCCUGAGCGACCACGCAGUGUUUGUGCAGAGUUACUACCUGGAUCGGGAGGCCGGCAGAGCCCCCGGAGACGCCGUGCACAAAAUCUACCCCGGAGCUCACAUUAAGGUGUUUGAUUUGCGGCAAUGCCAUCGGCAGAUGCAGCAGCAAGCAGCCACAGCUCAAGCCGCUGCCGCAACCCAAGCGGCCGCCGUGGCUGGAAACAUCCCGGGACCCGGGGCGGUGGGAGGCAUCGCUCCGGCUGUGGGGCUGUCGGCGGCGGCCGGGAUCGGCGUGGAUGAUCUGCGGCGGCUGUGCAUCCUGCGGCUGAGCUUCGUGAAGGGUUGGGGGCCGGAUUAUCCGCGGCAGAGCAUCAAAAACACGCCGUGUUGGAUCGAGGUGCAGCUGCACCGCGCGAUGCAGCUCCUGGAUGAGGUUCUGCACGCCAUGCCGGCUGCCGAGCCUGCGGCGCUGCGCUGAGUGCGUUGUGGAGG